UUUCAGGUAUUGUUUCCCAUGUCAUCACCAUUUUCCAGAGAACUACAUUUCUGUCAUUCAAGUGAGAAAGACAUCUUACACCAUGGAUGGAUUCUGCCUUCUCUAUCUACUCCUGAUCCUCUUGAUGAGAUCUGGUGACGUUGAAACCAAUCCAGGUCCUAACACUGCAGAAAGUACUGUCAGUGAAAUGGAGUUCCUGAAGCUGGCCCAAGAUAUCGCUCCAUCUUACUACAACGCUGUAGGGAUAUCUCUAGGGUUCUCCUAUGCUCAACUACAGGCAAUCCUGGCUGAGAAUUUGAAGAACUACACCAAUGCGUUACUGGAUAUCUUUAUGAAAUGGAAUGUCAAGCAGCAACCUCCACACUCGGACAAACGACAGCUUUUGGCAGACAAACUACGAGAGAUUGACUUGGGUGGCCUAUCAGACGGAUUACUCAGUGGAUCUCCAAUUCCAAACAGCACAGGAGGGCCACCAAGACUGCUCGAAUCACAGACCAAACCUCCUUCAGCUGAAUCUCAGACCAAACCACUUUCUCCUGAACUGGUUGAGCGGUGUGCAAAUGAUUUCAAGUUCAAGUACAGGUCAACUGUCUGUAAGAUCAGAGCUGAUCCUCUCAAUCCUACUUCCAUUGUGCAGUUUGAAGACUUGCAUACUAAUCUCGUCUUACAAGAAGAACAUGGGACAGGGAAGCGAUUGCUAGAUUACAAUGAUAUCUUUGAUCUCAAAGUUAAUGGAGAGUUCCCCAAGCGGAUCAUGGUUCAGGGAGAGGCAGGGGCUGGAAAAACUACACUCUGUGCUAAGAUUGCCUGGGACUGGAUUGAAGGGAGGCAUUCCAGUUACUUUGUGUGGGUCUUGAUUGUUCCUCUACGGGAAUUUAAGCAACACACUAUUGGCCAGAUUGCAAAGUCUUAUUUGGCCCAAAACAAUCCAGCAACGGUUUAUCAGAUUACUGAGUAUAUCCGGUCAAAUCCUGACAAGGUAUUCAUUGCAUUUGAUGGGCUAGACGAAGUCAGUGGCAAAAUCAUGAAGACAGAACCUUGCGGAUCACAGCCUACUGAUCAAAUGCAAGUGCAGCCAACAAGGCCAAGUGUCACCUCCUCAGAGGCAUGUGGAAGCUCAUCUGAGACUGAUGAUAUUGGACUUGUAGAUAUUCUUUGUUCGGAUCAACUUGCCUCUUGCUCAGUCUUGGUGACCACUCGUCCAUGGAGAUCAGUAGAGAUUAGAUCAGAUGGUGAUCUAACGAGGCUCUACACAUUCAUUCAUGUUGAGGGUUUCAACAGAGAGAAUUUGUCAGUUUACAUUCACAAAUACUUUCCAAAGAAUAAAGAUAAAGCAAAUCAGCUUAUCCAAUUCAUCAGUGAGAAUGAUGUCCUAUCUGAAAACAUGGCCCAUUAUCCUAUAUAUGUGGCCAUGUUGUGUCUUAUGUGGAAAGAACUUGACAAGCAAAAACUAAAGGAAAUGAAAUCACUGAAAACUUUUUCUCAGAUAUUCAAAGAAAUGAUUGCCUUUCUAAAAGAACACUAUGCUCAGAAAGAGGUGAAGAGAGUAGACAGCCCCCCACUUAUUGCCCUUUUGAAAAAAAUUGAUAAGGACCUUGUACCAAUUGCCAAACAGGCCCUCAAUGGUCUGCUAGAAAAUACUUUGGUUUUUGGUGAAGAUGAUUUCAAAAUAUGCCCAGAAUCCAAGGACACUGCCUGUCGGGUCGGGAUUUUGUCUCAGGAGGACAGAAUCACUGCUGACAUGGAACCACAUGAGAGGCAUUCUCAUGUGCAAUUGACAGUCUUCUUCCCUCACAAACUGUUUCAGGAGUACAUGGCUGGAGUCCAUCUUGCUUCCCUGUAUAAAUCAGAUCGUAAUAAAUUCAACAGGCUGAUUGAGCAAGUAUAUCCGCGAAGGAAGGAGGAGUUUAGGUAUCUCCUGUACUUCACUCUGUCACAGAACAAAAGUAUUGCAACCCAUAUAAUGAACUCUAUGCUUCAGGGAGUGAACAGGCAUUUUUUGGACAUGGAUAAAGAGUUACCUUUCAUUGCUGAUGUAGCCUUUGAGAGUCUGGACCCUGAUGUAGCAGCCUUGGUGAAGGACAGGGUUUCAUCAGAGGAGAUUGUGCUGAGCAUAUCUGAAAAAAUGACAGCACACACUGUAGCUGGGUUUGCAUUCAUUGUUCCACAUGUGGUUAAACUCUAUAUUAACAGAGAUUGUGGACCUACUAUGUCACUUGAUGUGGGAGAGAUGAUAUGCUCCAUGCCAUCCUUGAAGGAAGUUUCUCUUCAAGGUGCAUUCCAUCAUUGUUUUUUUGCAACACUUGCAAAGAAGGGAAAAGAAUCAAAGAAGGAUAUCAAUGGUCUUUUCACUAAGGCGGCAGCAGUGUUAACAAAAGCCUUUAAGUGUGAAUACUAA